UAUUUUAUUUUAUUCAAAUGACACAUGAAAGUUUUUACAUACAUAUAUUUUUUUCGAAAUAUCACGCUCUCAAAAAUGCUGACAGAAACGUCUCCAUCAUUUAUAUGUGAAAAGGAUAAAAGCUACGAUGAUUAUUUGGAUAACAUGAAAAAAGAAUUUCUUACCAAAUGGGAACACAAUAAUCUUUCAAUAAUGGGUGGAUUAGAUGAUCAUGAACAAAUAGCAGUUUUGGGAGUUGGUUCUUUUGGGCGAGUGAAACUCUGUAAAGCCCCUGCUACGGGCAAGUAUGUAGCCGUCAAAGUCAUGCUCAAAGAGUACAUUGUCAAGCAUAAACAAGUUAAACAUGUUCAUCAAGAAAAACGUGUCUUACAGUCAAUCAAUUUUCCAGUCUUGAUGACAUUGGAAUUUGCUAGAAAGGAUAAUGAUUAUAUUUAUUUGGCAAUGCCAUAUAUUAAUGGUGGAGAACUUUUUUCAUUUCAUCGAAAACUAAAAAAGUUCAAUGAAAAACAAGCAAAAUUCUACGGUGCUCAAGUAUUUCUUGGUCUUGAGUACUUGCAUACAUUACAACUUCUUUAUAGAGAUUUAAAGCCUGAAAAUAUUCUUCUAGACCAUAAAGGAUACAUUCGUAUAACCGAUUUUGGAUUUGCCAAAAGAGUAUUGGACAGAACAAUGACACUUUGUGGAACUCCUGAGUAUCUUGCUCCAGAAAUUAUUCAGGCCAAACCUUACGGAUGUAGUGUAGACUGGUGGGCCUUUGGCAUCCUUAUUUAUGAAUUCGUUAGCGGAAAGUCACCAUUUUCACAUUAUAACAAGGAUCCCAUGAAAAUGUAUGCCAAAAUCUGUGAUUGCGAUUAUAAGAUGCCAUCAUAUUUUAGUAAGGAUCUUAGAGAUUUGGUUGGCAAUCUUCUACAAGUUGAUCUUUCGAAGAGGUUUGGUAACAUGAUGAAUGGAAAUAAGGACAUCAAGAGGCAUAAUUGGUUUAAAUCCAUGGAUUGGUGUGCUUUGUAUAAUCAAGAAGUUGAAGCCCCUUACAUUCCUACCACAACCGAUCUGGAAGAUACUAGUAAUUUCGACAAAUAUCCAAACGUCCCGAUGGUCCACUCGAAUUUAAAUAAGUUUGAAGAAUAUUUCGCAGAUUUUUAAGA